UAUCCGCGGCUUUGCAUUGUAAACAAAGCUUGACGUGGAGGUUCUAGCAUGAACCUUUCGGCGUUUUCUAAUGAAAAUUUUGACUCGAAAGAGUGGAUCAACCAUGCCUUCCAGGCGCCAGAGGCACAAGAAAACAAGGAAGCAUACGCGUCUGAAGUGGCUUUCAAGCUUCAACUGUUCAUUCAGGAAAUGAACAGCGCCUUGGAGGAAACCGCCCAACAAGUGCAACAGAAUCUACCAAGGGUGUUACGUGAAGUGGAGACAAUGCAACAGGAAGCUGCGCUACUAAAAUUGCAGAUGGCUGCAGUGCAGAAGGACAUAGCUAAGGUGGAGCAGGAUUCAUCGACGUCAAUGAGAACUCUCCUCGAACUGGACACGAUCAAGCUGCGGAUGUUGGAUGCCAACAAGGCGCUGCGAGAAGCCGACAACUGGACGACUCUGUCGGCAGACGUCGACCAGGUCUUCCAGAGUGGCGACAUGCAGGCGAUCACAGAGAGGCUCGUGGGCCUGCAGGCAAGCCUGGAGAUACUCGUAGAUGUUCCCGACUACGAGCAACGCUUGCAAAAACUGGAGUCGCUCAAGAACCAACUAGAGGCCAUGCUUAGCCCGCUCUUGGUGCAGGCGUUCACGACACAGUCCAUCGAAGCUGCAAAAUCUUACGUGCGGAUAUUUUCCGACAUGAGACGAAUGCCGCAGCUACUGAAAUAUUACCACAACUGCCACAGAAACAAACUUGUCGACGCUUGGCGCAAGAUCGUCGACAGCGAAGCCGACGACACGUUUCUUGAGUGGCUCAACAACUUCUACGACGUUCUCAUAGCGUCUUGGCAUUCCCAGGUGACUUGGUGCAGUCAGGUGUUCCCUGACCCGCCAGCUGUAUUCAUCCUGUCGGAUGUCGUCGUCGACGCCAUCACAAACCUGGACCCAAGUUUGCAGUUCUGCCUAGAAGCCGCCAUGAAACAGCAGAAAAGCUCGACGGUUUAUUUAACUGAAAUACUGGAAGUCUCUGAACAGCUUUGUAAAAGCCUUGGUCAUUCGAUAUCAACUGCUAAUUCAGACUUCAUGUCCAGCCCUCAUGUUGUGGCUUUGAUGAAAUCCGUAUUUUCAAUGUUUCAUCCACACCUCGAAAAUUAUGACAAAUUAGAAGAAAAAUGCUUGCUGGGAGAAUUGUCACUUAUACCGACACAAAGCGAUGACAUACGAGAUUCAGUAACCCUGCUGUCCGACUCGGUUUCUAAAGUGUUUGGACUGGCCAAGGAAGCUGAGAAACGUUGCAGUCGUCUUCUUCAUGGAUGUUCGUAUCCAGAACUGUUGAAGUCCAUAAAGGCACUUUUUCGAGCUUAUUUUGAGCUUUGCCACGCUGUCCUGAUGCAGCUGAAGUCUUCAUCAAAGCUAGAUGAACUGGACAGUUGGACAAUGUUUCAGUAUGCCCUGAAGUGCAUGCAGACAGCAGGCGAAAUCUCAAUUCAGCUUGCUGCUUUUGAUAAGAGCAUAACAGCAAACAUCAAAACGGCACUGAAACAACUCCAUAUUCAAAAAAGCACGUUUGAUGGGUCUGAUGAGGCCACGGAAGACAAGAAGGGUAACAUUCUGAACGAUCACAGCACGCUGCUGCUGCCAUCCGUCAUGCAGCGCAGCUUGAGGGACUUUGCUACACAAGUGCACCUAGAAGACUUUGUUGCAUUCCCUGAAAGCAUGCGGGCCAUUGCAAAGCUAUGCACUGAGUUCACCAAAUUCACGUUUGACACUGUCUUUGCCGAAGUGCAGCGCCACUUCAGCAGUGUGCCUUCCCUGAAGGUGUGGUCUCUUGAGAACCCAGAUGGCGUUCUAACAACAGACUUGCCAGCAUUCAGCAUUUCUCCCAUGGAGUACAUCACACAGAUCGGCCAGUACCUGCUAACCAUACCACAACACAUUGAGCCAUUCAUCGUCGAAGAAAAUGAAGCUUUGUCUACAGCAUUAAAACACAGUAGUCUUCCUCAUGUAAUUGAGGGGAUUAGCACCGACCACGUGGCAGACUACCUCCUCGGUUGUGUAGCCCAGGCCACAAUGUACACGUACAUUGACACAGUGAUGCAGAUUGAGAAGCUGACACGGCAAGCAUCAGCGCAGCUGGCUACUGAUAUCAGUUACCUGUGCAAUGUGUUGGAUGACCUUGGUUUGCCACCGCUUGAGAGCCUUCAACACUUGGUGGCCCUUCUGAAAUGCCCACCCGAAAAGUUUGCAGCUACUGCAGUUGGAAAACCUAAUCAGCUAGUACAAACAGUGCGUAUGAUGAGAGGAAUACGGUGAACUUUGCUCAGAUGUUUUGUUAUUGAAUUAAACCUAAACUCUCCGCUUA